UCUCCCCGCCGCCCAACAAUCGCCACCUUGGGGCGCAUGCGCGCGGCUCUCCGGCGGCUCUGGUUUCUCUCGCCUCCGCCUUGCUAGGCCCUUCCGCUCCUUCCCCGCUCUUGGCUGCGGAAGUGAAUGGGGCGCUGAGAGAACCACGGAGGAGGGAGAGCGAGCGAGCGCGCCUGGCACGGAACGGGAGAGGGCGAGGAUGCGUGUGGGCCGCUCCCGGCUCCGCUGUUGCCGCCGGGGCUAGGAGAAGUCGAACCCCGGGGAGUGCGGGCUGACUGGAGGAAAGGCGCCUUGGAGCCGGAGGGGUGCCUGGCUUGUGCUUCCCGGUCUUUCCCCUCGCAGAUGUUGCUGUAUGUGCGGGCGGUGGGAGCAAAGCAACUGCCUGGACUAUAGGGAUCCCUCCACACUUUCCUUCUCAGUCCAAGCCCCAGGGCUGCUGUUGCUGUCAUUAAAAGUCUUUGUAGCUAUCAACCCAAGUGUGGUUUCGAUGGAAAAUGAAGGUUACACGUUUUCAACAACUGCCUAAUGAUGAAAGUGAAACAAUGAUUCCUGUUCUGACUUCCAAAAAAGCAAGCGAAUUACCAGUCAAUGAAGUUGCAAGCAUUCUUCAGGCUGACCUUCAGAAUGGCUUGAGAAAUUGUGAAGUUUGUCAUAGACGGGCUUUCCAUGGAUGGAAUGAGUUUGAUAUCAGUGAGGAUGAGCCACUGUGGAAAAAAUACAUUUCUCAGUUUAAAAAUCCCCUUAUCAUGCUUCUUCUGGCUUCUGCAGUCAUCAGUGUUAUCAUGCAUCAGUUUGAUGAUGCCGUCAGUAUCACUGUGGCAAUACUUAUUGUUGUUACAGUUGCCUUUGUACAGGAAUACAGAUCAGAAAAAUCUCUGGAAGAGCUGAGUAAACUUGUACCUCCAGGAUGCCACUGUGUUCGAGAGGGAAGGGUGGAACAUACACUUGCGAGAGACUUGGCUGUGGAUCUUUCUAUUGAUGAAUCCAGUCUGACAGGUGAGACAACCCCUUGCUCUAAGUGCACAUCUCCUCAACCAGCAGCUACUAAUGGAGACCUCACUUCGAGAAGCAAUAUUGCUUUCAUGGGAACGCUUGUUCGAUGCGGAAAGGCAAAGGGAAUAGUUACUGGAACAGGGGAAAACUCAGAAUUUGGAGAAGUUUUCAAAAUGAUGCAAGCAGAAGAAGCUCCAAAGACACCUUUGCAGCGAAGUAUGGAUCUCCUUGGGAAACAACUUUCCCUGUAUUCAUUUGGGAUAAUUGGCAUAAUUAUGCUGGUUGGCUGGCUGCAAGGAAAACAUAUCCUCGAUAUGUUUACCAUCGGUGUGAGUCUGGCUGUUGCUGCUAUUCCCGAAGGGUUACCCAUUGUUGUAACAGUAACAUUGGCUCUUGGUGUAAUGCGAAUGGUCAAGAAACGGGCGAUCGUGAAAAAGCUCCCAAUUGUGGAAACUUUAGGCUGCUGCAAUGUGAUUUGUUCAGAUAAAACCGGUACACUGACAAAGAAUGAAAUGACUGUUACUCAUAUAUUUACAGCAGAUGGGAUACAUGCUGAGGUUACUGGAGUUGGCUAUAACAGGUUUGGAGAAGUCCUUGUUGAUGGUGAUGUUGUUCAUGGGUUUAACAUUCCAUCUGUUAGCAGAAUUGUGGAGGCUGGGUGUGUGUGCAAUGAUGCCGUAAUUAAAAACAACACCUUAAUGGGAAAACCAACAGAAGGGGCUUUAAUUGCGCUUGCUAUGAAGAUGGGUCUAGAAGGAAUUCAGCAGGACAAGCCAGAGAUUUGUUUCAUGAAAGGUGCUUAUGAGGAAGUGAUUCGAUACUGUACAACAUACAAUAGCAAAGUGCAUAGCCUCCCUCUCAGCCAGCAACAAAGAGAUCUUUAUCAGCAAGAGAAAGCAUCCAUGGGCUCUGCAGGACUUAGAGUGCUGGCCUUAGCUUCUGGUCCUGAGCUUGGGCAGCUGUCCUUUCUGGGCCUGGUUGGAAUUAUUGAUCCUCCGAGAACUGGCGUAAAAGAAGCUGUCAAUACACUUAUCACUUCUGGAGUAGUGAUAAAAAUGAUUACUGGAGAUUCACAGGAGACUGCAGUUGCCAUUGCAAAUCGUUUGGGGUUGUAUUCCAAAAAUUCUCAAGCCGUCUCAGGAGAAGAAAUAGAUACAUUGGACAUACAACAGCUUUCACAAAUAGCACCUAAGAUAGCAGUAUUUUACAGAGCGAGUGCCAGACACAAGUUGAAGAUUGUUAAGUCCCUACAGAAUAAUGGUGCAGUAGUUGCUAUGACGGGAGAUGGAGUGAAUGAUGCAGUAGCACUGAAAGCUGCAGACAUUGGAGUGGCAAUGGGGCAGACCGGCACUGAUGUCUGUAAAGAAGCAGCUGAUAUGAUCCUAGUGGACGAUGAUUUUCAGACAAUAAUGUCUGCCAUUGAAGAGGGUAAAGGAAUUUAUAAUAACAUUAAAAAUUUUGUUAGAUUUCAACUUAGCACGAGUAUAGCUGCAUUGACAUUAAUCUCGUUGGCUACAUUAAUGAACUUUCCUAAUCCUCUCAAUGCCAUGCAGAUCUUAUGGAUCAACAUUAUCAUGGAUGGGCCUCCAGCUCAAAGCCUUGGAGUGGAGCCUGUUGAUAAAGAUGUUAUCCGGAAACCUCCACGAAAUGUGAAGGACAGCAUUCUGACCAAAAAUCUGAUUGUUAAAAUAUUAGUUUCAUCUAUAAUUAUUGUAUGCGGAACGUUAUUUGUCUUCUGGAGGGAGCUGCGAGACAAUGUCAUAACACCUCGAGAUACAACAAUGACCUUCACUUGUUUUGUAUUUUUUGAUAUGUUCAAUGCUUUGAGUUCAAGAUCUCAGACUAAAUCUGUGUUUGAGAUUGGACUCUGCAGCAACAAAAUGUUCUGUUAUGCAGUCCUUGGCUCUAUAAUGGGACAGCUACUGGUAAUCUACUUCCCCCCUCUUCAAAAGGUCUUUCAGACAGAGAGUCUAAGUAUACUAGACUUGCUGUUUCUUCUGGGGCUUACCUCCUCAGUAUGCAUUGUAGCAGAGAUUAUAAAGAAGGUUGAAAGAAGCAGAGAUAAGACCCAGAAACACAUCAGUUCUUCGUCUGUAUCGUCUUUUCUUGAUAUCUGGCUCAGGGAGAGGAGCAGACAGCAGCUGGUUGAGAUACAAUGCCAUUUGGAGGCAGCACUGCCACUGGCAGAAAAUGUGUGCAGUGUCCAGUUCCAGUGGUUCUUUUUGUGAUUUCUCGCCUUUCCAUUUCCGGAACUGGUCGUACACUAUUUUAUUGACUUCUGCAUGAAGAGUCCCGGGCU